GAGAGCAAACACCGCGGCUGCGCGCUUACCGCUGCGAGGAGUAGUGCACUGAACCGACGCACUCGCUAAAGCUCACAUAAUAAACCAGAAAAUAACUUUUAAUACUUCCGCCUUCAAAAUGGCUGAUCCGGCGCAAUCAAACAGCGAUGGAGAGGAGAGGAGCGCGCCGAUGAGAGGCUUCGCGCGGCAGGGCGCGCUGAGGCAGAAGAACGUCCACGAGGUGAAGAACCACAAAUUCAUCGCGCGCUUCUUCAAGCAGCCCACCUUCUGCAGCCACUGCACGGACUUCAUCUGGGGCUUUGGGAAGCAAGGAUUUCAGUGUCAAGUUUGCUGUUUUGUGGUACAUAAGCGAUGCCAUGAGUUUGUCACGUUCUCCUGUCCUGGAGCCGAUAAGGGUCCUGCCUCUGACGAUCCCCGCAGCAAGCACAAGUUCAAGGUGCACACAUACUCCAGCCCCACCUUCUGCGACCACUGUGGCUCCCUGCUGUACGGCCUCAUCCACCAGGGCAUGCGAUGCGACCACUGCAUGAUGAACAUCCAUAAGCGCUGUGUGGCCAAUGUGCCGAGCCUGUGUGGGACUGACCACACUGAGCGGAGAGGUCGUAUCCAGAUCACCGCCCAGAUCAAGAACAACGUGCUUACCGUUAGCAUUAAAGAGGCAAAGAACCUGGUGCCCAUGGAUCCAAACGGCCUGUCCGACCCGUACGUGAAACUGAAGCUGAUCCCAGACCCCAAGAGUGAGAGCAAACAGAAGACCAAGACCAUCAAGUGCUGCUUAAACCCCACGUGGAACGAAACCUUCACAUUUAAUCUGAAAGACUCCGACCGUGAUCGGAGGUUGUCAGUGGAGAUCUGGGACUGGGACCUAACCAGCAGGAAUGACUUCAUGGGAUCUCUCUCAUUUGGCAUCUCUGAGCUACAGAAGCAGAGCGUGGAUGGCUGGUUUAAGCUUCUGAGCCAGGAGGAGGGGGAAUACUUCAACGUUCCUGUCCCCCCCGAGGGAGAGGAGGGGAGUGAGGAGUUCAGACAGAAGUUUGAGAGAGCCAAGAUUGGUUCCAGCACCAAGAUCAUGGACAGCUCCUCCUCCUCCAUGUCCAAACUGGACAGUAACGGCGGUCAGGACCGUAUGAAGCUCUCUGACUUUAACUUCCUCAUGGUCCUGGGGAAGGGCAGCUUUGGCAAGGUGAUGCUGGCUGAGAGGAAAGGCACAGACGAGCUGUUUGCUAUUAAGAUCCUGAAGAAGGACGUGGUCAUUCAGGACGACGACGUGGAGUGCACCAUGGUGGAGAAGAGAGUUCUGGCACUGUCAGGGAAACCGCCGUUCCUCACCCAGCUGCACUCCUGCUUCCAGACCAUGGACCGACUGUACUUUGUUAUGGAAUAUAUUAAUGGAGGAGACCUGAUGUACCAGAUCCAGCAAGUCGGCAAGUUCAAGGAGCCCCAUGCUGUGUUCUAUGCUGCAGAGAUCGCCAUAGGAUUAUUCUUUUUGCACCUAAAGGGAAUUAUCUACAGGGAUCUGAAGUUGGAUAAUGUCAUGCUGGAUGCGGAGGGUCAUAUUAAGAUCGCUGAUUUUGGCAUGUGUAAGGAGAAUAUGGUCGAUGGCGUGACCACUAAAACCUUCUGCGGCACUCCUGACUACAUUGCUCCAGAGAUUAUUGCGUACCAACCCUAUGGGAAGUCUGUGGACUGGUGGGCUUUUGGAGUGCUGCUGUAUGAGAUGUUGGCAGGGCAGCCUCCGUUCGAUGGUGAGGACGAGGAUGAGCUGUUCCAGUCCAUCAUGGAGCAUCAUGUGUCCUACCCCAAGUCCAUGUCUAAAGAGGCUGUGGCCAUCUGUAAAGGGUUGAUGACUAAACACCCUGGGAAACGCCUGGGAUGUGGCCCUGAAGGGGAACGUGAUAUCCGGGAGCACGGAUUCUUCCGCUACAUGGACUGGGAGAAACUGGAGAACAAAGAGGUCCAACCCCCAUUCAAACCCAGAGCUUGUGGCCGGGAAGCUGAGAACUUUGAUCGCUUUUUCACACGUCACCCUCCGGUUCUCACUCCUCCAGACCAGGAGGUCAUCAUGAACCUCGACCAGGACGAGUUCCAGGGCUUCUCCUUCAUAAACCCUAAAUACCCCACCUUAAACCCACAAUAACCAACAUAAUACCCUUAAAUACCCCACAAUAAACCCUAAAUACCCCACCUUAAACCCACAAUAACCCACAUAAUACCCUUAAAUACCCCACAAUAAACCCUAAAUACCCCACCUUAAACCCACAAUAACCAACAUAAUACCCUUAAAUACCCCACAAUAAACCCUAAAUACCCCACCUUAAACCCACAAUAACCAACAUAAUACCCUUAAAUACCCCACAAUAAACCCUAAAUACCCCACCUUAAACCCACAAUAACCCACAUAAUACCCUUAAAUACCCCACAAUAAACCCUAAAUACCCCACCUUAAACCCACAAUAACCAACAUAAUACCCUUAAAUACCCCACAAUAAACCCUAAAUACCCUAACUUAAACCCACAAUAACCCACAUAAUACCCUUAAAUACCCCACAAUAAACCCAAAAAACUGCACCUUAAACCCACAAUAGCCCACAUAAUACCCUUAAAUACCCCACAAUGAACCCUAAAUACCCCUCCAUAAACCCACAAUAGCCCACAUAAUACCCUCAAAUACACCACAAGGAACCCUAAAUACCUCACCUUAAACCCAUAAUAGCCCACAUAAUACCCUUAAAUACCCCACAAUAAACCCUAAAUACCCCCACCUUAAACCCACAAUCGCCCACAUAAUACCCUCAAAUACCCCACAAUGAAUCCUAAAUACCCCUCCAUAAACCCACAAUAGCCCACAUAAUACCCUCAAAUACACCACAGUUAACCCUAAAUACCCCUCCAUAAACCCACAAUAGCCUACAUAAUACCCUUAAAUACCCCACAAUGAAUCCUAAAUACCCCUCCAUAAACCCACAAUAGCCCACAUAAUACCCUUAAAUACCCCACCAUAAAUCCCCUCAGUUCAGUGCCCGAACCAUAACCCCCCAGUUCCCCCUAUGGUGGCCCAGAGAUAAGGGUGACCAUCAGACUAAAGCCACCCGUUCUGUGUGUCAUCGUCAGCCCAUCCUUACUCAUCUCAGUUAGAGUUUGUCCACCACAAGCCGCAUGGCUGAGGUGCACAUGGACACAAUCAGCUGUCCAGCAGACCUUAACCAGCUCAGUAUGUAGAUGCAUGCGAAACUCCGAUAUAAUAGCCUAUUAGUCUAAAGUUUGGAAUGUUACUUUAAUAACUUACUGAAUGUCUCUGCAUCUUUGACUCCAGUGGCUUUUCAAUCACUGGCUUUAUUUUUGCUGUCUUAUCCUGGACUCCGCCGCCCAGUAACCCCCCGUAGUCCCGUAGUCGGCGUGGGUAUGGCUCCAGGAUCCAGACACCAGCUCUUAGGUGCAUGACUGAGUCCCUGCUUCGCUGCACAUUGGCUCAUGGCAUCUCCUUUUUUCUGCAUUCCUGACAGUGAUGUUGUGGUUUUAUUUCUCAGUCCAUUUCCUGUUUUGUUUGCCUCUCAAAAGGAGUAUAAUCUAUGAAAUGGUUUUGCAUGAGUUCUCCUUUCACUGCAAGUCCAACAUGUUGUGUUCACAAGUAGUCCAGCACCUUUUCAGUGAUCCACAGACCUUUACUGCUCACGGACUUGCUUUGUACAGACUGGCAUUUUCUCGUUUCCCUUAAAGCAUGUGUAACAGUAAUGCACAUUCGAACGGCGCUUGCCUGGUAAUGCCUGUACGUUGUGGUAAUCUGUGGUUUUCCGUACUCCUUCUCAAAGCCUCAGGCUUCCACAAAGUCACCACACACACACAGUGGGCUUCCUCUCCGGAACUCUUUAGGGUUUUUCCGGGUGAAAACCUUCUGAGAGUCAGCUAGGAUAGUCCACAGGUAUCAUUAUCGUAUUCCGUAAUGACUGCCUCCUCCUGGAGAAUGAGAGUGGGUAAGAGUCUGUGGUGGACAGACCCACCACAGAAAGCAAACCUUAGAUACAAAACACAUUAGGUAAGACCUGAUGUUGAAUCAUGUAGAGAACUGUGGGACACUGUUGGUCCAUCUUCUACUAUAAUCACAGUGCAGUUCAUGAGUGUUGUUGUGUCAGCACCUUUUCUCCUCUACUGAAAGGAGUGAAAUGUAAUGGGAGUGGUAAGGGAGCGGGAGCACACUGGGGCUGUGUCUGUGACUGGGGCUGUGUUUGUGUCUCUGUCUGUGACUGGGGCUGUGUUUGUGUCUGCCUGUG